AUGGCCUUUCCAAGAUCCAUGUGGCUGAACUGUGUAUGGAGAGCGACGGCGCUCCGCCUGCUGCACACGGGAUUGAACGCCACUUUUGCUUUUUCCAUACUUGGAUUUUUGCUCCACGCUGCAGCUGUGUCCUCCCAAAAAUUGGAUGAUACCAACCCAGUGGUGACGACCAACUUUGGCAAGAUAAGAGGGAUUAAGAAGGAACUUAACAAUGAAAUUUUGGGGCCCGUUAUUCAGUUUCUCGGGGUUCCAUACGCUGCCCCUCCAACAGGGGAGCGCCGCUUUCAACCUCCUGAGCCUCCAUCUCCCUGGGCAGAUAUCAAAAACACCACCCAGUUUGCUCCAGUGUGUCCCCAGAACAUUAUAGAAGGCAGGUUGCCUGAAGUCAUGCUUCCCGUGUGGUUUACUAAUAACUUGGAUGUAGUUUCAACCUAUGUGCAAGAUCAGAACGAAGACUGCCUCUAUUUAAAUAUCUAUGUCCCAACUGAGGAUGGUCCCCUUACAAAGAAACAGACAGAUGAUUUAGGUGAUAAUGACGGUGCUGAAGAUGAAGACAUUCGGGACAGUGGGGGACCUAAGCCUGUCAUGGUGUAUAUUCACGGAGGGUCCUACAUGGAAGGCACUGGAAAUUUAUAUGAUGGCAGUGUUCUAGCAAGUUAUGGGAAUGUGAUAGUCAUCACAGUCAACUAUCGCCUUGGGGUGCUUGGUAAGAAGCUUUCAGCUUUCCACUAAUCCCUGCUAUCUGCAAUGCAAUUCAUAUUAUAUGUGAGAAUGUACUUUAAAAAAAAAAAAAAAAGCAGAAGAGCGGCAUGAAGUAUUUUAAAAUUUUCUUUGUCAUUUGCAAGGUUUGUAUGCUGGGGAUGAGAUAUAAAGAUAUUGCAGGUAUUUUCUGGAAGAGCCUGCUGUCAUGCUGCAUGAAACAGGUAUUCCCAUUGCUGAGCUGUCCAGGCAGAAGAGUUUUUCUCUUUUUUUUUCCUUUUUUUCUUUUUUUACAUUUUUUUUGUUUGUUUGUUUCUGUGAAUAACACUGAUCCUUUAAUUCAUAGACUGCUAAAUUAAUUUUUAAAAAACUUUUAAGCCAUAGAGGGUAGGGUUUUUUAUUGGAAUGAAAGAGACUAACUUUUAAUUACCACAAUUUUUUCAUGCUUUGAA